AGAAGAACAUAUGUCACCGCACUAAUCUAUUAGCCAAUGCCAUGGAGCUCUUAUCUCUCCAAUAUUUCCUCUUUCUUAUCUUCCUCUCCGUCUAUCUCUACCGGCAAUUCUUCACUUCACCUAAGAAAUACAAAGCCACAGGCUUCAGAGUCUACCCGAUUGUCGGAACCCUACCCUCCUUCCUCAAGAACCGCCACCGAUUUCUCGACUGGACCACCGAAAUCCUCACAGCCUGCCCCACCAACACCGCCGUCUUCCGCCGCCCAGGCAAAAUCGGAGGCAUCAUAACCGCCAACCCGUCAAACGUGGAGCACAUGCUCAAGACCAACUUCGACAACUACCCAAAAGGCGACCGGUUCAUCUCGCUUAUUGAAGAUUUUCUCGGCCACGGAAUCUUUAACGCUGACGGUGAGCUCUGGAAAGUCCAGCGAAAGACUGCCAGCUAUGCCUUCAACACAAAAUCCCUCCGAAACUUUGUCAUGGAAAAUGUGAAAACUGAGAUUCAGUCCAGGCUCAUUCCGUGUUUGGCGAAAGCCGCCGAAACGGGAUGUCGUUUAGAUUUACAAGACGUUUUGGAACGCUUUGCGUUUGACAAUGUUUGUAAAUUGGCUUUUAACGUCGACCCGGUUUGUCUUGGCGGCGGCGAUGGAGAAACGGCUUCCGGUUCCGACGAGUUCAUGAAGGCUUUUGACGACGCAGCCACGCUUAUCUCGGGGAGGUUCUUGUAUGCUUUUGCGUUUGUGUUCAAGAUUAAGAAGUUCUUCAACGUUGGAUCAGAGCGAAAGUUGAAAGAAUCAAUCGCAACCGUUCAUAACUUCGCUGAUAAUAUCAUAAGGUCCAGAAUGGAAGUCGAAGAAUUGGGAGACCAUCAAGAUUUAUUGUCCCGGUUUAUGGGGAUUACUGAAGACAACAACUCGCCCGAGUUUCUCCGAGAUAUCAUCAUCAGCAUCAUUCUCGCCGGCCGAGACACCACAUCUUCGGCUCUGACUUGGUUCUUUUGGCUCUUGUCGUCCAGGCCACGCGUCCAGCUCGCCAUUUUAAAGGAGCUAGAAACGAUUCGGAUCCGAAACGGUAAAAGUAUCGGCGAUACGUAUAGUUUCGACGAGCUCCGAGAUAUGCACUAUCUGCACGCGGCCAUUUCGGAGGCUAUGAGACUGUAUCCUCCCGUACCGGUGGACACAAAGGCUUGCCUAAACGACGACGUCAUGCCGGAUGGGACGAUUCUGAGGAAGGGGUGGUUCGUGACGUACCACGCGUAUGCCAUGGGAAGGAUGGAGGGGAUAUGGGGGAAGAAGUGCGGUGAGUAUUUGCCUGAGAGGUGGCUCAAGGACGAUGAUGGCACGUGUCAGCUGGAGAGUGCGUUUCGGUUUCCGAUAUUUCACGCCGGGCCGAGGAUGUGUCUCGGAAAAGAUCUGGCUUAUAUUCAGAUGAAGUCGAUUGCAGCGUCUGUGAUGGAGAGGUUUGAGAUGGACGUACCAAAUAAGAACACGUGUCCUGAGCAUCUGUUGUCGCUGACUCUCAGGAUAAAAGGUGGAUUGCCAGUGAGGGUGCGCAGUAGAAAUGCAUGAGGAUUUUAAUUUGCCAUUCGUGUAAUGAAUUAAAAUCAAAGUAUAAAUGGCAGUACACAUUGCUGGAUCUACAA